UCCGGAAAUGUCUUUAGUUUUGAAAUGCAGCUAGGCUAGCUGAUUAGCUUUCACUUAGCUAGCAUUUUAGACACCUGGCUCUGGACUCAUUAUUUUAUUUCGAAAAUGUCAAUUUACGUCGUAAAGCAACAACACCCAUGGAGCAAACUAACGGGGUUAAAGUGAUGCCAGUUCAUUCCGUUCCUCAACGUUUACUAUGAGCUCCCUAUCAGCCCAGGCUUCAGCCUCAGGCACACCAUGCAGGGCACUGCCUGGAGAGGGAAAUCAGGUCAAACCCAAGGCCCCGCUUUUGCAAAUACUGCGUAUUGCUGGAGCCCAGGAGGAUGUCUUCACACUCAAAGAGGUGAUGCACUACUUAGGCCAGUACAUCAUGGGGAAACAGCUCUAUGACAAACAGAGGCAACACAUUGUCCACUGCCAGGAUGACCCUUUGGGAGAGCUGCUGGAAGUGGAGAGCUUCUCUGUGAAAAACCCAAGCCCGGUGUAUGAAAUGCUCAAGAAAUACGUCGUCAUACUUGGUAGUGCUGACGCUGCAGAGAAUCUUUCUGUGGGCCAUGAGUGUGUUGAGGGCGGAGUGGAAGAUCGUGGUCAGAUGUGUGAGGGUGUGGUCAAAGCAGGACUGGAGGCUGCCAGUGACAGGCCUCCCCUGCCGACCUGUUCCCAGAGAAGACCUCGAGAGUCUGAUGAAGACUCCCUUGAAGGUUUGUCACGCUCUGCCUGCAAACGACCCAAAUUAGAUGUUACUCUUGAUGAUUGGGACCUUUCUGGGUUGCCCUGGUGGUUUCUGGGUAAUCUCCGCAGUAACGACAGCCGCAGGAGCAACGGGUCUACUGAUAAUCACACCAACCAACUAUCUCAUGCACAGGAGGAGGACACUGCCAUCGUGUCAGAUACCACGGACGACCUGUGGUUUCUGACGGAGGGUGAAAGCGAGCAAGUGAGUGUAGAGAUGAAGGAAGCCGUGCUGGAGGCGGGGAGUGCAGGAGAAGGAGAUGCUCCGCUUGAUGAGGAGGAUGGAGCAGGGAAGGAGGAGAAAACUGAUCGAGAGAUGCAGGAGGAGCCAGAUGAAGAUUCUCAGUGUCUCAGUGAUGACACAGACACUGAGAUCUCCACACAGGAUGCGUGGCAGUGCAGCGAGUGCAGGAAGUACAACUCUCCUCUCCAGAGGUACUGUGUCCGCUGCUGGGCCCUGCGCAAGAACUGGUACAAAGACGUGCCCCGACUUGCCCACUCCCUCUCUGUUCCCGACAUCCCGGCAUUCACCUCCCUGAGCGCGCACCAUGAGGACGACGACAGCGACACAGGCAUCGACAUCCCCGACUGCAGCCGCACCGUUUCGGACCCGGUUAUCCUGCCCUCCCAUUCCACCGCCGACCGACCACUGCCCACCAUGACUGCUCGACGGCCCGCCUUCCACAAGGAUGAGCAGGUCUCGGGCGGGGAAAGUCAGGAAAGUCUAGGCAUGGAGGUGGAAUGCCAACCGGAGGCCCUGCUGGAGCCGUGCAAGCUCUGUCGGGUUCGACCCCGCAAUGGUAAUAUAAUCCACGGACGCACGGCCCAUCUCCUCACUUGCUUCCCGUGUGCCAGGAGACUCCAUAAAUUCCAGGCACCUUGCCCAGGAUGUGGAAAGAUUAUCCAGAAAGUCAUAAAGAUAUUCGUUGUCUAGAAAUCCAUGGAAUCCAGCAUAGCUCUCAUUUGCAUGCAAACUGUGUAUGUUUAGCACCAUCCCAGUUUAGCACUUUGCCGCCUCUGAAGGAUGGGUGGAGCCACAUUUUGUCUGUGCUGCAUUCUCACAAGGCAUCAAUAAGAGCAGAGUUAUAUAUUUAUUGAUGAGAGUGGAUGUGCAGCUUUUUUGUGCCCUUAUUAUAUAAUGAUUCGAUUUAAAUGGUGCUGACUUAAGUAUAUAUAUAUAUAUAUUUUUUUUUUUUUUUGGGUCGUUUUCCCUCACAGAUUUCAGCUUGUACUAAGAAUUUGAGACAUUUUAUUUUUUACAUUGCUUUUUGUUUUCAAUGUGCUGUGUGGCUCUUGGGUGUGAAUAGAAGACCAGGCUGAAGGAUGAAACCACAAUUCUCUUAUUACAGUCAUCUGCCUCAUCUCUCCUGUUGUUAAUCAAAGAGUAUUCAGUUCCCUUGUAAUUGAUCAAAUUAUUACCACCAAACUGUUUUCUCUCUGCAUUUUGUUUUUACAUUAUUUUUUAUUUUUUUGGUGUGUGUGUAAAGAAUAGUUACAAAAUGACGACGAUGUGACAAAUUUUAACAUUUUCUCUUUGGAGGCUGUAUAUGACCAUCCCUCCUGAUGUAUUUAAUUUAUUUAUAAUUUUAAAUUGAAAAGACUGCACUUGUUCUAUUAAAGAGCUCGCAAAGUAAAAUUGCAAGUAGGCCAAAUGUAUAAAUUGUAGCCAGUAAAAGGGCUUAAGGGGAGGUUGAUCGUUGAUUGAGCUUUUCACUGCCUUGUAAGAGUUUUUCCAUUUGUGUAUUAGUUGUUUUCCAUGUCUUUGCAUUUUUUGGGACGAUUGUAAUACACAACAGCACACGUGUUACUUUUUUGUGAUCUUGAGCCUUCUAUGAAGUUGAUUUUUGGUUUUGCGCUUCAUUUUGCUGCCUGUAGGGUCUACAAGUCCUGUGAUGGUUUGGUGACAAGCUAUACAUAAAGCACUAAAAACAUAAAGCAAAUGUAGAUGGAUGCAUGUCCAUAGUAAUGACUAGAUGCAUGGGAGAGUAAUAUUAGCUACGUUUAUGUGUAAGAUAAUGUAACUUGUUUUCUCUGACAAAUGUCUACAACAUAUAAACACAUCUAACAAUAACAGCUGUGAUGUGAAGUAUGUUUAAUACUAACAUGGUUGAUAUAUAACAGUAAUGUGAUGGCCAAUUUCAUUUAUAGUGGCUUUGGAAAGUGAAUCUGAAUAUUCUAAACCAGGUGGCAAACGUGAUCAAGAGCAACAUUUGAUUUUUAAAUCAGAUGUGGGCAAAGUAAUAGAAAAUGUGUAUGUAGAAAUUUACCUUUGUAAGUAAUGACUCACAAAUUUUUUAAUUGUAUUUAAUUAAAUGUGUUUAAACCUUU